ACUUAUUUUAGGCAUUAUCGAAAACGAUGAAGUAUUGCCGUGUUGUAAGCACUCUUUUUAUUCUCGUGUUAACAAUAAGUGUUGUUUGGGGAAAACACAAAGGAAGGCGAUCAAAGGAUCAUUUGCGUCAUAAACACAUGCGACUCUUGACUCAUGCAAAAUUCUUCAGACAUCCUGACAAUUACAGCACCCUGGCUCAUUCUAAUCACAGACACGAAAGAGGUCAUCAUCAUCCACCAGGUUUAAAAUGCCGUCGAAUGAAAUUCAUUGUGAAUCGAAAUAUAAAGUUAAAAAAGAAGACUACAGAGGCAUUGAAGAGAAGGAUGACAAACAAGCGCACAAAAAGAAUGUUACACAGGUUCACCACAAGCAAAAGGUUUCAUCUUCCAAGAAAAGCCAAGCUGUUUGAGGAUAGACAAGGGAACUUAAUAACUUACAUUGAGGAUUGUGUUUCGUCUGAAAAUGCAGAGAAGAAGGACUUUUUCGGGAGUCAGAGAGAAUUGUACAUAGAGCCUGCAUUUUACCAAAAGAAAACUCAACAUAUCCGUCGUCCAUCUUCAUCUCAUUUAACGCAUCCUCUAUCAGAAGACAAUGAUAUUACAACCUUGCAAUCAAGUGAGGAUGAAGUCAGUAAUGAGGAAAUUCUUCCAGCCUCUGAAGACUCUUUGCUUCAAACAGUGUCUGACUCAACAAAAAUUCUAAAAGACAGUGAACAAAAUAUGAAAGAAGGAACUGCUGAAUUAUUUAAUGGCCAACACGAAACAGAAGUUCCCUCUAACUUCGGGACUGCAUUUCAAGCUACCACAGUGGACAGUCCUGUUCCCAAAAGACCUGAGGAGGGAAGUGAGCUUCAAAGUUAUUUCUCGUCAGCUGGUUUGACGAGCAUUGCUCGUAUAAAUAGCGACGUUGUGACGCCAAUUUCCCAACAACCUCUGAAUCUAGAUCGGCAAUAUGAUGAUCAGCUUCCUCUGCACAUGCCGAACGCAGGGUUUGUCAACGGUCCACCCCAAGAGACACAAGCAGGGUUUGUCAGUAAUCCCUCUGGUGAGGCUCAAGCUUUCACUCAAAAGGAUUAUGAGAACCCCCUCAGAGAUCCGGAGAAAACCCCCACCAAAUUCAUCCAGAAUAACGGAGGAUAUCCAGUGCACACCUUCUCAGAAGCCUUUGAUAAACUGCAUAACGCAGAAAUACAGGAAUUAGCGGGAUUCACUGACGAAAGCGUAGUUCCCCAGUCACUGAGAGAAGCAAUGAACGUUGAAAGCGCCGAGGCAAAUUAUGAGAAAACCUACGAGACUUUAUAUGGUAAAGGUAAAUCCAUCAGUCUGCAGAAAGGAGCUGCAUAUUUGCCCGUAAAGGAUAGCAGUCAGAAAUAAAUCAAUCACUUGUAUUUGCAUUUGCUUGCCAUCACCUGCGAGAGGGUUUAGCGACGGAGCAGAUAAGCUCUAUUUGCUGGAAAAGGUUCGAUUCGGGAUGGUAGACAUUAAUUCUUCAUUCUGGAAAACAUACUACCUAUACAAUAAAACUGACUCAAUAAACGUAAUUUUAAAGUUCUGAA